UUAUGAAUAGAGUCUGUUAACAAUGCAACUGAUCCAGUACAAAAAGGUCACCCUUUACGUCACACGUCGAGUAUGUCGCAACGCCACGCUGAGCCAAUCACAGUGGUGAAACUGGACACUAGUGGGCGGGGUCUUUCUUCCACAGGGAGCGGUCCGCCAAAUUCAAACAGCCGCGCUGAACAAAGUAAACUCCACCACACUGAGGUUUAGUGAACAGAACGGAUUACAUGAUGACGUCAAAUGUUGUGAGCGGUGUCUGGAGGUCGCACGCAGUCCUCGACGAGUCGGACCACGACUGUUCACCCGAAGCUCCGCAGCAGUUUAAGAAGAUGCGCUCAUCCAGCUCACUAAACUCACUCAGGAUGAGUCUGCGCAAACGACUGCCAUUAAAACCCGUGCAGCCCACCGCCAACAUCUCUGACAAUCCCACCUGGGAGUCACUUCAGGCGAACCAGAAGGCGAAUGUUGUCCUCAAAAUGACCCGCAGAGCAAAAAACUCAAUUGGAGACGUGUAUCAGAGAUUUCAGAAGAGCAGACAGUCACGUGGUGAGUGUCUGGUGAUGACACCUGGUAGAGCAUCUGACGUGGAGGAAGGCUAUUCACAAACCCCGAAACGAUCUGUUUCCCGAACCACCAUAACCCCCAGGCGAACUCCACGGUCAACCAGCAAGCGAGGGGCGCAGACCCCCGGGUCCAGUGACUCCACGGUUAGGACAGUGAAGUCCAGAGGCACCAGGAGACAGCUGGUGCGAAUGGCUGCACUCAGAAGUCCUUUUGCAUCACCCAACACGAUGAACCGGAGGAGGCAAUUUGAUGAAGAACUGGACAGUGUCUCAAAUGGCCUCCAGAGACUAAAGCGUCUUUCUCGAGCUUUUGAUGAUGCUAUUGGAAGAGAUGACAGGAUCCAGGCGGUGGAACACUACAAAACAGUCAUGACCAUGGGAUACAGCUCCACCAAAGACAAUGUUUCCAGUGGACUGACCCGGACUUCUAUUCGCAAGCAGACGAAACGCAUGCAGCAGGCAGUGAGCCGCUGGACUGAUGCAACACUGUCAAACACCCGCAAUGCCCCGUGAAAAAGGAUCUUUGUUACGUUUUUUCUUAUGGUAUUAUACAUGUAUGUUUUCUAUGUGUGUGUGUGUGUGAGCAGAGACCUCAUGUAGUACUUUGAAGAGGUCACAUUUCUUAUUCUUGACUGUCUGUGUCUUUUAAGUGUUCAUUGUAAUGGGUGACUUUUGUUGGAAAGAUACUGUAUCAUCAUAUGGAAGCUGCUUAUUUUUUAGAAUUUAAUGCACAUUCAAUGGGAAAUUUAGUACUCUAAAUUAUUUCUGCUGUGAAAAGCCAUGAAACAUGUACUUUGGAAAAAAAAUGUGAAUACCAAAUAUGCAUUUUCUAAAUAAAUAUGUAGCCGUCAAGAUUUGAGAGAACAAGCAGUUCUGAAGAGGGUUUUUUAGGGCUGUAUAUUGUUAAAGAUGAUGAGUAUAGGCCUUUGUUUUGUAAUAAUAUCAGUUCCUAACACUAAACUGAUAUCGGGAGAUAGUCUCGCCUGUGGGAAAUGUUACUAUGUUUACUAACCUUUAAGCUAUUUAGUUGAUUUUUAAUAACUGUAUUUUCGUGCUUUGACUUUACUGAGUAAAUUAUGGACUGUUAGUUUUAUUCACAUGUUACAUUAAAGGCAAGUAUGUAAUUUUACUAACUGAAAUUUACCGCACAAAAUCAAAGAUGGUAUACUUAUAAUA